GACGAUAUGCUCCGUCGCAUAUAGAUAACUGAAGCCUAAUUAUAUAAGAACAAAAUAUAACGCUUUCAUUUAGUGUGUCGUACCUUCAACGGCCAUACACAAAUAUAUAGAUAGUGAUACGUAGAAAAUAAAUGAUGGAAUCGAAUAAGGUUGGAUUUGAUAAUGGUGGCUUUAGCAAAGCAGGAAGUGACCCAGCCAAAAACGAACAAGAUAAGGUUAAGGACGUUGAAGACGCUGAACCCGAGCGGGCAGCUUGGGGAAACCAAAUCGAGUUCCUCAUGUCCUGCAUUGCCACCUCCGUGGGACUUGGCAACGUUUGGCGUUUCCCCUUUAUCGCUUACCAAAAUGGAGGUGGAGCUUUCCUGAUACCUUAUAUUAUUGUCCUCCUUCUUAUUGGAAAACCUAUGUACUAUUUGGAGUGUGUUUUGGGGCAAUUCAGCUCCAGAAACUCUGUUAAAGUUUGGUCGUUGUCACCGGCAAUGAAAGGUACUGGAUAUGCGCAGGCACUUGGAUCUAGUUGCAUUCUAUCAUACUAUGUACUUAUCAUAGGGCUUUGCUUGUAUUACCUGUCAAUGAGUUUCACGUCAACAUUACCUUGGGCUGUUUGCCAGCCAGAGUGGGAUAACUGUGUUCCUUCGGGACAAACUGAAAAUCUCAAUACCACCGAAAAUGGAACAAGCAGUGCUGAAUUGUAUUUUGUAAAAACUGUUUUGCAAAGAAGCGACGACAUUGAUAAUGGAAUUGGUAUGCCGAUUUGGUAUCUGGUCUUAUGUCUGCUAGCAUCUUGGUUUAUUAUUUUCCUUAUCGUAUCAAGAGGAGUGAAAAGCUCUGGAAAAGCUGCGUACUUUCUGGCGUUGUUUCCCUACGUUGUUAUGAUCAUUUUGAUGAUAACCACUGUUAUACUACCUGGAGCAGGCGACGGAAUUCUGUUCUUUAUAACACCGCAAUGGGAUAAAAUUUUAGAACUCAAGGUAUGGUAUGCCGCCGUAACUCAAGUCUUCUUUUCACUCUCCGUAUGCACUGGAACCAUCAUUAUGUUCUCAUCUUAUAACAACUUCAGACAAAAUGUAUACAGGGAUGCCAUGAUAGUGACAACGUUAGAUACGUUUACAAGCCUACUGUCAGGAAUUACAAUUUUCGGUAUUCUGGGCAACUUGGCUUACGUCCUUGAUAAAGAUGUUGGCGAAGUUAUCGGUUCUGGAGGUACUGGUCUCGCAUUCGUCUCUUAUCCUGAUGCUAUUACCAAGACAUUUCAGCCUCAGUUAUUUUCGAUACUAUUUUUCCUUAUGAUGACCGUUCUUGGAGUGGGCUCAGCCGUAGCUCUGCUAUCAGUUGUUAAUACGUUAUUGAUGGACGCCUUUCCGCGUGUACCCGUUGUCUAUAUGUCGGCUAUAUCGUGCACUGGUGGUUUCGCAGUCGGCCUUAUUUAUACAACUCCUGGUGGUCAGUUCCUUUUGGAACUAGUGGAUCAUUACGGUGGCACGUUCUUGAUCCUUUUCUGUGGUAUUGUGGAAGCUGUCGGCGUAUUUUGGAUAUACGGUUUAGAAAACCUCUGCCUGGAUAUAGAGUUUAUGUCAGGUAUGAGAUCUUCAAUAUACUGGCGUUUCUGUUGGGGUUUCAUCACACCAGCCGUUAUGAUCGUUGUCUUCAUAUACGCUCUUGUAACAGUUGAAGCACUCGUCUUUGGCGGAUUUUAUUACUAUACUACACCGGCUCAUGUUGCUGGCUACUUGUUGCUGGCUGCAGGGAUAUUCUUCGUACUAGGUUUUAUGGGUAUCACCAUGUUGAAGUACAACACUGGUGACUUCAUUACGACUUUAAAGAAGGCAUUCGGCCCAAAAAAUACUUGGGGACCAAGAGGCGCAGCUUUACAUCGGGAAUGGCAAGCAUUUAAAAAUGACGCUAAGGACGCAAGACUACUACAAAAUACUUCAAGACUAAAACACUUGUGGCUGAGUUUAUGGGGAGGCUACAAGAGGUCAUGAAAUUUUCAAUUAUUUAAUUAUUAUGAAGGAGGGUCCCGGAUCAAUCUUUUUAUUUAAAAGGUUGCUUCUGAUCUUAUGAAGUUUUGCAUUCUGAUCUCAUAGUGAUUCUGACAUCAUAGUGCCUACUUGUAGGUACGGGACAAGUGAGUAGUUUUUAAUCAAUUCAGAUUUUGUAAUCAAAUUUAAAGUAAUUUUUCAUUAAAAAUUAUAUUAUUUUUAUGAAGUGUUUGACAUUAAAUUAAAAGUUUAUCACUACACAUUUGUAUGAUCAGGAUUUUGUAUAAUAGUAAUCUAUUUUUUAUAAACCGUACACGUAAGUUUAAUAGGCUUAAGACAA